AUGCAGAUAAACAACAAAUCAAUGACCCUCAGCAGAUCAGUGAAGCAGUUUUAUGGUGUUAAGCUCUCCAAGGAUGAAACUGGAGUCACAGCAAGUUUUGCCACCUCGAAGCUCAGCAUCUCUGUGUUCUUGGAUUGCUACACAGCACAGAUCUUCAUGAAAUCGCCUCUUCAUCGCUCUGCAGAUGGUUUGUGUGUUGAUUCCAGAAAUACUUUUAGAGCAAGGCUCCCUCAGCUCAGCUCCCCCAGCUGUGAGGUCCAGUACACAGAUAAUCCUGACAGUACAAUCAGCUGCUCCUCGGUGACUAAACGCUGUAACAUGUUGAAAAAAGCACCCUUCACCUCCUGCAAUGCCCACGUUGACCCAACACCCUACAUUAAUGCCUGCAAGGAAACGAUGUGCAAAUAUCCCACGGAGGACGGCCUCAUGACUCAGUUCUUGUGGGCCUACGCCAGAGCCUGCAGCCUGAAUGGCAACAGCAACCUGGGAGACUGGUGGACCGAGGCUGAAUGCUCUCCCCCCAAGGCGUUUUGCAUGGACAAAAUCUGCAGCGAGCAUGAGUUCUGUGGCUGGAAGUUCAGCGGAGAACCUGCCUGCCUCUGCAGAGCUCUGUUUGCCUACAAGUACAAGGAGUCCAACACUCUGGGUGAGCCAACAGUCUGCAAGCACAACUCUGCUUCGUUAAAGCUUGCCAAGUGUCUGAUGGAGGAACGAGGCAUCAACUACAAAGACUUACAUCUCAAUGACCAGAGGUGCAGGGGGGAGCUGGACAGGAAGUCCAACAUGGUGACGUUCAACUUCAACACCGAGAAACUCUGCGGAGCGGAGAUCACCUCGGGUGCAAAUGAAAUCAACUACACCAACGCCAUCAUGAGCCAGAACACCUCUGACGUCAUCGUUCGCCACGACCAAGUGUUCAUCGAGUUCUCCUGCUUCAACUCUCAGCCUGAGCUGAAGAGCGUGUCCUUCAGAGUCAAAGACAACAGUUAUGUGUCCCACCUCACGUCUGGAGAAUGGGAUUACACUCUGACCAUGACCCCGUACAUCGAUGAGCAGUGCUCUCAAGUUGCAGCUACAGACACUGACGUGAAGCUCAACCAGAAGGUCUGGGUGGAGCUGAGGACCAAGGGGCUGGACGCAAAGAGGAUCGCCGUGGUGACCGAGUCCUGCUGGGCCACCAGCGAGCCGAACCCUGACAGCACGCCACGCCACGACCUGAUCAUCGACGGCUGUGCCAACCCCAGUGACAAGACAGUGCACGUAAAACAAAAUGGCAGAGAAACUUCCAGCUACUUCUCCUUCAACAUGUUUGAGUUCAGCAGACAUCCCGAUCACGUCUAUCUGCACUGCCAGCUCCAGCUGUGCAUCAGAAAGAGCAACAUCUGCGUCCCGAAUUGCCCCAUUCCAUCUUUAAGAAGACGUAGGUCUGCCAGGACGUUUGGACACGGAGAUCCAGCUGUCAUCAGCAUGGCCUGGAGCAAAUAG